AAGCUGAAAUCUCCUACAAUAACGAGGACGCAACUUUUGGCUCCGUUGAUGCCACUUUUGCCAAUGGUUUAGAUGGCUUGGAAAAAAACACAUCGUCUUUUUUCCAAGAAUCCGGCAAAUCAUCUGCGUCUUUGUUGAAAACUUCUGAUAGUGGUGACAACAACGCGAACGGUGGUGCAAGAGACUAUAACCCAGCGGAGGAUAGUAACCUAAAAUUCAAUGUUUCGCGCUUACUAAACAACGACAGUAUCAAUGACACCGAAGAACUGUCAGGAAACUCGCGUAGGGUUUCUGACGCGAACGAAACGCGGUUAUUUCAGAAUAAUAGUAAUAACAAUAAACGCGAAAAUCUACGUUGGAGUGCUGGCGCGCCCUCUACCCGAAAUACUAAAAUGACUUUGAAGGAACAAGAACGAGUGAUUGACGAAAUUAAAAAAGAAAAUUUUAGUUUGAAAAUGAAGGUUUAUUUUUUGGAGGAACAGUUGAGCAAGUUAGGUCCUGAUGAGAUGGACAAAGCACUGAAAGAGGAAGAAGAAGACUACAAACAAGCACUCUUCAAAAUCGAACAACUUGAACAAGAGAACGCCAAUCUUCAACGUCGAUACAUGGAAUGUGUUGCUGAGUUGAAAAGGCAGCGUGAACUUGUGAAGCCUCAAAAGAUUAACAAUGAUAUUGAAAAUUCGCAAGUGGAAAAUUUGAGAGCGGAGUUGACUAAAGAACGCGAGGAAAGGAAUGUACUUUAUAGACAAUUACAAGACACGACUACACAAUUAGAGAAAUAUAAUAAUCGUGAUGAUGAGCUUGACGAUGAAUUUGUAUCUGAACUAAUUGAAGAACGUGCUCAGCAGCUUGCCGAGAAGUUUAGACAGGAAGAAGCUGAGAAGUAUAAUACGUUUAUGCAACAAUUGAAAACGCAAAAUGCCACCCUUAAAGCGCAAUUAUCUGAACGUGAUAAUGAUGUUGAUGAGCUCUAUGCCGAACUAGAAAUGAUAAGAGGACGUCCAAAAAGCGCGACUACUUCACUCGGAGAGAUAUCUUCGCGUCUUAUUAAUGGCGAUUUUAAUGAUCAAUUUGAAGAGAGUCUUGGUCAUUUACGAGAUAAAGUUGCUGAGUUGACUUUAGAGUUGCGAGAAAAAACAAUGCAAAUUGAUCAACUAAUUACUGGGAUGGAGGAAAUUAAUGCAACUCAUGCCAGUGAAAUACGAGAGCUGGAAGAUAAUUGGGAUCGUGAGGCGGGGCAGUUAAAAGAUGAAAUUAUUGUUUUAAGAGAGAGCUUGGGAAUUGUUCAGAAUGAAAAUGAACAGCUUAUUCACGAUUUGACCUUGAUUCAUAAUAAUCGCCAAGAAGAAGAAGAUUCUUAUGAAAACUUGAAAAUACAGCUUCAAGAAAAAGUCCAAGAGAUAUCUGAUUUGAAGCAAACUCUUGACAAUGUUGAUGCAGAAAUAUUCGAAAAAUCAAGAGAAAAUCAAAAUUUAAUGGAUAAAUUGAAUAAGACAAAAAGCGAAUCUUUGGAAACAAUUGAAGAAUUACAAAAACAGAUAAGAUCUUUGAAGCGAAAUUCAGAAUCUCAAGAAAAAUUACAUGAUGAAUCAGUGAGCGAAUUAAAGGAAAAAUUAGCUACACAUAAAACGCAACUUUCAGAGCUUCAGGUAUCUCAAGAGACUAGCGCCAAAGAAAUUGCUUAUCUUCACCGCGAAAUAGAAAACUAUAAAGCUCAGAUUGUUGAUCUUGAAAACAGAGUUCGUGUCGAAGCAGAACAACGCAAUGUUGCCACCUCAAAAGAACAACAAAAUCUCGAAAAGGAAUUGGAAAAAGUUCGCAAAGAAAAAAGAGAAGCAGAGAAAAAUCAUGAAAAAACCUUAAAUGAACUAGAAGAAAAAUUACAAAAAAUUUCAGAGUUAGAAAUAACUGUUCAAGAGCGAGAUGAUGAUUUGCAUUAUGCACGUCAACAACUUGGUAAUCAAACAAAUCGAUCAAAGGACACUUUGGAAAGAUAUACUAAAGAACAAGAAAGGCUUCGGGUGGAAUUGGAUGCUAUGCGUCAAGAAUUUGAAAAAACCAAUUCUCGACUUGAGACAGUUAGUGAUGAACUCGAGAGUAAAAAAAUAAUUAUUCUUCAAUAUGAGGAUGAAGUUAAACGUUUGAAUAAUCAAAAGAGCAAGCUCAACGAAAAAUUAACUGGCAGUGAGGCUGCACGUAUCAAGGCAGAAGAAAUGUGCAGGAAUGUUCAAAUGGAUAUGCGUGACAAAGAUUCAACUAUUGAUGAGCUAAAAUCUCAAGUUACACAUCUUGAAAGUAAUUUGUCUCAAGAAAAGAAGUCGACAUUUUCACAUGAGACUCAAUACCGUGAUCAAAUAAUUGAGCGCAACACAUUGUUGAUAACAACAUACCAAUAUCUUGAUACGAUAAUGUCGGAUGGUACUAAGCAGCCCAACUUUCCGAAACCCUCAACCAACUUUAAUCUUUUCCAUGAACAUUUAUUAUCAAAACUCAAGACUUUGAAUCACGUGCACACGACAUUUGAACGACGUGCCAAAGAAAUUGAUACUCGUUGGCAAGAACAAUAUGAGCAAGUUUCCAUCCCAUUUGAACAAACACUUAAAAAACAAAUGGAUAUUAAAUUACGUCAAAUGAGCAAAUUCGAUAGUGUCAUCAAUAAAGCUAACGCAGCCACAAAAGAAUGGCGAGAACAAGCAAAAAAGAAUCAAGGAGAGCUUGAGGCUACACGGAAUACAAACGAAGAGCUUCUUGAUCAGCUGGCAUCAUUACGAGAUCAACUUGAAGAUCUUCGAUCUGUCAAAACUCGUGCUGACGAAUAUGAAGUUAAAUAUAGGGAAGCUGAACGACGUGCCAGAAAUUUGGACACAAAUAUGAGAGAUGAUGAACGACGGUGGGAAUCUCGAUAUAAAGAAUUGGAAGGUCGUAUGAUACAGGCUGAAGAACGAUUACAAAUUGAAAAACAAGGUGCUAGAGUUAAGGUUGAUUCAAUGAGAGAAUCAAAUAAGGAUUUGGAGGCACAGAUACAAUCUCUGAAUCGGAGAAAUGCUCAGCUUCAAGAAUUGCUCGAUUUUCAGAAAACACAAAUGGAGGUUUCUAACGAAACUAAAGCAUUCACCUACAAAGCCGAAAAUACACUCGCGUUAUUCAAUGAGCAACUUCGCGCACAGCUCGAAGAAAAAAAUAAAGCAUUAGAUAAUGAACGUGAGAGACUAAAAGCUCUGGAAGACCAGUGUGCAAAAUUCGCUGAACAGAUUGAGCGGCGUGAUCUCAAUAUAACCAAAGUGUUGACAAGCUUGCAGCAACUUAAUCAACGAAAAGAUUUCAUCGAGAAUGCAGUAUUUCGUCAAAUAAGUGAAGAAAUGCAAUCGACGUUAACGCACGAGGGAGAGGGCAGUAGACGUAGCAGUUAUCAACCACCACCAUACAUUAAUCCCCCAUGGAAACCACCGGGUAACACUACUGGCAGUUCAAAGAAAUCCAUCGUUACGAAACCUUCAUCAUCGACCUUAUCGUCAAUAAAAACAUCUAUUCCUACGUUGUCUUCCAUAACGCGAGCAAAGAAGACUUCAGAAGGUGGUGCGUCAUCAUCGUUAUCUUCAAAUCUGAAAUCAGCAAUACCAACUAGACUGCCAUCUUUAAACACGAAUAUAAGUAACAGUAAUAGUCCGAGUUCAGCAUCAUCAAUAGGUCGGGGAUUUAUUCCUAAACCAUUCACCAAGGAUGCAAAAUAA